GCGACCGAAACGUCCUUCCGUCGUUUGCCACCUCUUCGGCGCUCACGCCGUGGAGCAGCUGACCUUAUCGCCCUCUGCCCGAAGGCAGAAAGCGGCCUUCUGGCGGUGGCCGAGGUGGAUGGCAUCGUGCGCUUGGAAGACGUCACUCAGACUGAGGCGUCUUGCCCGGAGCUGGCGAAAGACUCUUUGGAGGGAUCUUGCCAGGGUCUCUUUUGGCGAAGUCAGAGCCUGGCGCUCUGCAGCGCCUGGCGAGGUGGCGCCGCCCUGUACGAUGCUACGAGGCCUCAUCCCUCCAUGGCCCCCGUCGCGACCCUGGAGUGCGCGGGCCUCCUGCGAGCCCUUCCCUGGUCGAACCAUGCGCUCCUGGCCUCUGCGCAGGGGCUCCGGCUGUGGGAUUUCCGAGUCCCUGACUUGACGCGACUCUGGAGCCGGGAGGCGGCAACUCUGACGGCGGUGGCGGUGGAUUCGGAUGGAUACCACGCGGCCAUCACGACGCAAAACUCCCAGGGUCUGGGCAUCGAGGGCCUCGACCUGCGCAAAGCUGAGGUGAGCCAGAAGCCUUUGAUGAUUCGAGACCUUUUGGGCCUCUAUUCCCAAGAUGUGUCCAAGAUCCAAGACUUUUGGACCAGCUGCCUUUCUGUGGGCAGGUUUGGGGAGACUUGUGCGGUCUUCAGUGACGGUACCCAUGGCCUUGAUUACAUGGCUUGCUUUGCUGGCGGCCCUGGCACAGUACCCUUGGUCAUGGGCCCCAGCAACUUUAACAUCACCGCUCUGCAGUGUGCCAGCAGCCAUUGUGCGAGCCUUGUGGGGGUCAGCAGCCCAAGCCACGCCAGUAGAGGGUGGGCAGAACUGCGCUGGCUAUCUCGAGCCGCCGCUCAGCAGAAGGCCAUCCGACGGGUCAAGCCGAAGAAGUUUUUCCGACAGCACAACGCAGGUGAGAAUGACUUCCGCGAGCGCGGCUUGGGCCGACGGGGAAGGCGAUGA